CAAUCGCCGCGAGCGGUCGCGAGUCUCGUCGCGCGGCUUACAGCAGUGUGAUCUGUCGCGGCCGUUAAAAUGGCGGUAUCGCUCGCGAACGACGAACGAGCACGUGGUCCAUGGAUCGCCAAGCGUUCGCAGUGCACGCUGGUGAUGCUGGUCGGUCUCGCUAAUUUUUCCACUGGCACAUACCUCGCGUGGCCAGCGAUUGCUUCGCCGAUUUUCGAUCAAAAUGGCUACCCCACGAACAACCAGGGUACAUCCUGGGUCCGUGCGUCAGUGGCCUUGGGCGCCAUAAUUGGUAGCUUGCCAGCAGGAACAAUUGCUGGCAGGAUUAGUCGGAAGAGAAGCAUUCUGAUAAGCAGCCUACUGUUAUCGUCGUGUUGGUUCGUUAUCGGGUUUGCACGGGGCAAACUAUGGUUAUUUCUAGCUCGUUUCGUAGCUGGUUUGUCGUGCGGUGUGUCGUCCAUUUUGAUUCCACUGUACCUGUCUGAAAUAAUGGUGGAUUGCGUUAAAAUAUCUUUGAGGACGAUGUUGCAGCUUGCAACUGCACUUGGGGUUUUGUUCACUUAUUCUGUGGAGUUCACCAACAGUUUGACCACAAUUGUGCUUCUUUGCGCUCUGGCUCCGGGGUUUCUUUCGAUCGCAACUCAAUCGAUACCGGAAUCACCUGUCUGGUUGAUCAGACAGAACCGUCAAACGGCAGCUCAAGAGAUUUUAACACACUACGGAGGAAGACGUCUGUCGGAACAAGAAAUUUCCAGAGAAAGCGUACCGAUUUCUGAACUGUGGAAACAUCGAAAGGCCACAAUCAUUGCACUUGGCAUGAUGAUGUUUCAACAGCUGUCAGGAAUGAACACCCUCAUAUCCUACGCGACGACGAUAUUCCGGUAUAUAAGGUUUCCGUUAAGCCCGACAAGUUGUUCGAUAAUCGUCGGAUUGACGUACGUGAUCGCCACGCUGUCUUCGGAAAGUCUGAUCGAUCGUACGAAGAGGAAACUUCUACUUUUCCUUAGUUUAUCCAUCAUGUCGGUUAGCAUGUUCGUUUUGUCUGGUUACUUCCGGCUACAGAAAACAGAGGAUGUUUCAAAUUUUACUUGGCUGCCAUUUUUAUCUUUCAUAAUCUAUGUGGCCGCAUUUGGCGUUGGAUGUGGACCGAUACCUUGGAUACUGAUCGAAAAGAUUUUCCCUGAAGAUGUGAAAACGACGGCGAUCUCCGCGAGUAUCGUAUGCGAGUGGUUAUCAGCGUUCGUGGCAAUGAAACUUUUCCAGGAUAUGCUAUCUUCCAUGGGUAUCUCUUCCACGUUCGCUGCUUACGGAAUGGUUAGCCUAAUCGGUACCGCAUUUGUCGCCAUAUUGGUACCGGAAACGGAGGGAAGAAGCAUCGAGGAGAUACAAAUCGAAUUGCACAAGGAGCAUGACACUUCAGGAUACUGCAUCUAGAAACUUGAUCGCGUAGAUGGCAAUGGAAAUAAUUGAAAAAUAUUAACAACGAAAGGAAAACUAGUAAACUGUAAUUAGUAAAAUGGAUGAAUUUGUUAUAUAGACUUUGAUUAACGAAUGUAUUCAUUUUGAAUAAUGAAUGCAACAAGACUCUUUUUGGUUGAGUUAUCACGUGUCUAAAUUGGAGGAAAAUGAAAUUAAUUAUUUAAAGGUAGUUAAUGUAAUAGUGUCUGUUUGUUGUGUAUUAUUCUAAAAAAUUAACGGCCAUUCGAGAUUUUGGGGCAUUACUCGAAUAAAACGGGAAACAAUGUAAUUGGAACAUAAGAGAAAUACUCAGGGAAAUAGUUUCUAAAACAGAAAAUAAAAUUGAAUCAAAGCAAAAAUGAAAACAAUAAAUUUGGUAAUGUAAGAAAAUGGUAUAAAUGUCAAAAUAUUAAUCAAACAAAUGAAAGUAGUAGUUAAAGUAAUGUAUUAAGUAAAUUAAGAGACUAGAGCAUCUAGAUUAUAUCUUGUUAGCCAAGUACGAUGAUAUGUAUUGUAUUUCAAGCACGAAAAAACUUUUCGUUGUAAUUGUAGGUGAAAUUCCUGAAGUUUCGAGAUUUCGCUGAAUUAUCGUUGUAGUGUGUACGUUUAUUUCUACCUCGUUGUAAUUGAGUUUCGUAUUCCGAAAUUUAAUUAAACUCGUUCCUUCGAGUUACUAUAGGGAACAGUUGAAAAUGGCUUCUGGAUGCAAUUGUCCGCAUAAAUUUUAGAUGAACGAAUUACAGUAAAGUGCUUCUGAAAUGAUACAACAAGGAAAGAACUGAGACGGAACAACACACUAUUCCUUUUAACGAUUAUUUGUACCUUACUUUCUCAGGAAAAUAAUUUUCGUCCUAUUUUUUAUCACAAUAAUUUCUGUGCACCUCUUCAUACAAACUUGUACUUUUUUAAACUAAUUAACAGAAGAAAUAAUUAUACAAAAAUUUAUUCACUUCUUAAAUAUCUUCAAACGUU